UUUUUCCCUUCCUCUCCUCCAGAGAUGGCGUGGCGUUGGGUCCUGGCUGCCAUCUUGGCGACGUCGUCUCUCUCCCUCCUCGGCUCCGCCUACGACGAGUUCAGCUCCGACACCCUCAUCAACAACGUCGUCCAGGACCCAAUCACCAGCCGGCUGUACGUGGGCACGGUCAAUGCCCUCUACCAACUGGACCAAUCCCUGCACCCCGAGGCACACACCAGAACAGGACCCGAACUGGACAACCGCCAGUGUACCCCGCCCGUGACUUCCUGUGAGGAAGCAGUGGAGACAGACAACCAUAACAAACUGCUCCUCAUCCAUCCAUCCAAAGACACCUUGAUAGUGUGUGGGAGUCUGUACAGAGGAAUCUGUUCUCUGAGGAACCUGUCUAAUGUGGAGCAGCUGCUGUACUUCAGCGAUACGAAAGGAGAGAAGUCGUACGUGGCCAGUGCUGAGGAGGGUGUGUCGGUAGUAGGGGUCAUGUCUUACUACUUCAACAAGGACAAGGGGAACUUCACCGUCUUCCUGGUGGCUAAGGGCUACGGCAGCCAUGACAGCACCAAGCUGAUCAGCACCCGUAUCCUCCAGGUCCAUAGUGACUGGGUGUUGUUCGACAGCAUCAUCGAGGCCUCGGCCGUCCAGUCCAACCCCUUCACGCUGCGCUACCUCCAUGACUUCAGACACGUCUUCAAGGACGAGGGCUUUGUCUACUUCCUGUUCUCCAGAACCCUGGGCGCCCAGGAUUCAGGAACCAAGAACUUCACCUUUAUCUCCAGGAUGUGUGAGAACGACCACAACUACUACUCGUACACAGAGCUCCAGCUGAACUGCAGCGCAGGGAACAAGUACAACAAGGUUCAGGCAGCCUACGUGACCCUCCCAGGAGAAGCCCUGGCCAAGAAUAUGAGCUCCUCUGGCUGGUACGGACCAGUUGGAGCCCAGGAUAAGGUUGUGUUUGUGGUGUUCAGCUCGGACGACGACAGCUCCAGCUCGGCAGUGUGUAUGUACCCACUGAGGGCCAUCAACCAGAGACUGGUGGAGAUCAUAGGAGCCUGCUACAGCACCAAGGGACAAAUAAACAAUAAGUCUGCUGUCUACUCACCGUACUCCUCCAAGUCAGACGAGCUGUGUAAAAUUGAAAAUGAGAAGGGCAUGGUGACCAAUCAAAAGUGUGGUGCUGAGUUCCUGCCCUCCCCGCUGGCCAGCAGGGCAGAGUUCGCCCUGGCAACCGACCCCGUUUUCACCAAGAAGGGCCUAAUGACCGCUGUGGCCGUCGCUGUGGAAACGGAGCACGCCGUUGCCUUCCUGGGGACUACUUUAGGAGAGGUGUUGAAGCUGCACCUGUCGACCAGUCCAGAGGUGUACGGCCGCGCCCCUGGGGAGAACACCGGGGACAAGGUCAACAAGAACCUGCUGUUUGACACCAGCCUCACACACCUCUACAUCACCACAGAGAAGAAGAUCACCAAGGUGCCAGUGCAGGCCUGCCACCUGAAGACAGACUGCCAGUCCUGUGUGGCACAGGAAGACCCCUACUGUGGCUGGUGUGUGCUGCAGGGCAAGUGUUCCAGGAAGGGAGACUGUCCCAGGGCUGAGGAUGACAACACGUGGCUGUGGAGCCCCAACCAGCAGUGUGUUCAGAUCCAGGCCUUUAACCCACCCAACCUCAGCUGUAGGAAGACCGAGCAGGUUGAAAUCUACAUCCCCUCCCUCCCCAAGAUCGGCCCUUCUGACAUUAUCAAGUGCAGGUUUGGUUCGGACACUAGUGGAGCUGUGGUGAUGGACCAGAAGGUCAUCUGUGCCCUCCUGACCCUGUGA